UUUCUAGUUGUCCAGCCAGUGUUGGUAUCAUUAUGGCAUUGACAAGGCGGGCAUUCACAAUCCUGAAACUCACAUCAAAUCAAUCCCUAUGCCGAUUGACACGAAACGCUUCUGCGCACAGUAAAAUUGGGGAUAGAGAAGUUGUUGGCUUUGGCUUCAAUGGUGAGGCAAGCUAUGUGGAUCGCAUGGAUUGUCCAAUGCCAGCUGUCAGAUUCAGGUCAAACUCCAAGGAGAUCCAGGCACUGAAAGAAAAAGAGAAAAAUGAUUGGAAGAAUCUGACAUUGGAUGAGAAGAAGAAAUUAUAUAGAGCUAGUUUUUGCCAGACCUUUGCUGAGAUAGAAGCCCCAACUGGAGAAUGGAAAUCUGUGGUUGGCGUGUCCUUGCUUGGUGUCUCCUUAGCCCUCUGGAUAUACAUUUGGAUGGUAAAAUUUGUGUAUGCACCUCUGCCGAAAACUUGUUCAGAGGAAGCCAAAGCAGCACAGCUGCAGAGAAUGAUUGAUGUUCGAGCCAACCCAGUGUAUGGAUUGCCCUCAAAAUGGGACUAUGAAAAAGAAACCUGGAAGUCAUAAAGCAAGAAGCGGCCUUAGUUCAUCAAUGUAGUCCGUAUCUCCUGUCCUUUAGAUCAAAUGGCCUUUUUCUUAUCCAUCAUUUUUGUGGGAGUACUGGUUUAGAGUGCUGGAAAUUCAGUUCACCUUUCAACAUUGCUCUGUAGAUGAUUUUCCAUUUGUGUGAGUAGAAGGUGCCAUACUAUCUGAAGCCAGAGUAUGUACAUUCCUCCCGUCAGGUCAGGAAGAUGGCCAUCCAUCUUGAUGGGUGUUUGGAUGGUAGUGGUGCCCUCUAGUCAUGAAGUAUAAUUUUCCUUUGGGUUUUUCUGAGCAACUCAUCUGGAGACUUUUGAUCCUUGUGGUCUCACUCUUUCAUUGCUCAGGAGAUUUGUGCAAAUAAACAUGCUAAAUUAAGCAGUUCAUCUCUGCAUCAUGUACUUGUAUGCUAGUAUGCUGAUGUGUAUAAACUUUCCUACACAGUAAUGCACAACAUGUACACACACUUUCUCAGGAUGUGAGACAGUCUCAUAACUGAUUUUUUACUUGGAGCUCUUGGGCUGCUAUUGAUAAUACAGGGUGACCAAUGAAUUGGAUUAGCUACAUAGAGAUGGUUUUGAAGGUCUAUGGGUUUGUAUGACCUUAAAUCUUCAUAGUGCAGUUGACUACAUCUUGGGGAGAUGGAUUUUCAUUACAAUGUCACUUUUAAGGAUGAUGAUGCUGGACAUGAAAUUGGCAGGAAUUGUUGCUAGUAUGAUGAAUGUUCUUAAUGUCUACCAUGAAGUACCAAACUUCUCAUCACUGAUGAUGAGAAGUUUGGUAAUUAGUUGAAAUACUUGAGGGGAAUGGACUUGACUUCUUGCAGGACUGCUUCUUUGCAAAUUAUACAUUCCCCAACCUCCAUUGGUCUAUUUUGGCUCAUGAGCCAAGGGAGUGGAAUGAUGGAUGCCAAGGCUUUGGGGGGUGGGGCAGUGAAGUGUGCAUUUGUAGUCCUUGACCAAAAUAAAUUCCUCUGAAAGGGCAUUAAGCAUUUUUAAAGACUGCCUGAGAGCAAUCCCUCCCUUCCCACUAAAAGAAAAGUAAAAGGGACAACUGCCCAAAUAUUUGAGAGGGUGAGCCCCCAGCCAAAGUUUUGGGGAGAGAGAACCCCCCUACAAAAUGCCACCUAUGCCGAUGGCAUCUGUUCUUGGCAGCUGCUUCUAU